AUGUUAGAUCUCCUGAAAACAUUCACCGGCUCUCCAGUUGGUGCACUUCACCAGCUGGUUCUACCUCAUGUCACUCUUAUACUGUACCCCUCUGCAGACACUGUAGUAAUCCUGGAUGCCAGUACUCUUGACCUCGUACGCGUGCUCAACUUCGGGGAAAUCUAUCCUGGCACCCAGCACCUCAAUCAAACUAUAUCUUGCGUGGCAGUCGACUCCGCCAUGAAAGUCAUAGUUGCUUCCAUGGACACGCACAUUGCCGCAUGGUUAUUGUCAGGUAACAAUACCUGGAGAAUUCACUCUUCCAUUUCUCUCCAAGAUAGUGGCUCUGUCACAACUCUGGACUGCAGAUCUGGGCUUCUCUCAGUUGGCAGUCAGAACGGCCUAUCCGUCUACACGUUGAUAUUGGAAAAUGACCUUCUCACAUGGUCGAAGAAGUGGGAAGCAAGGGUGGCAACCCCGUCUCUCGCGAAAUUUGCUCCAACUCUUGCAUUUAUUGCCACUAUAUCUCACCACGAUGAUUUGGUUAGAUUAUAUUCGACUACUUCCGGCCGCUUGGUGCAAGACAUUCCUCACCCCAGGCCCGUUACGGACUUGAUAUGGAGGUUUUCUCAGGCAUCACGAAGUGGUGAUCCCGCACUCUACACCAUUACAUCUGAUUCCACGCUGCGGAUAUUCCUCCCUGUGAUUGACGCACCGCAUCGUCUGCAAUUACAUGCAUCCCUCGACCUUUUCUCUUCGCUUCCGUUCCUCGUUGCAGCAAAACUUGGAUCACAUUCAAGGAAGUCUACGGUCAUGUGGUUGGACAAAGAAGUCGUCCGGCGCACGAUUAAAGCUGUCCUAGCGUCAGCUACCGAAGAUGCAAGUCUUCAGGUCAAGAGGUUGCGAGAAAUUGAUGAAGAAGGUUGGGAUCUCUUCGUUCGCGCUCUUGGGGAUGGCUCUAUGCUUGUCAGCGCCGUCGCAAACAUUGACCGCAGACCUCCGACGCUCAUACGUCAAUUUGCCCUUUCACAUACGAGUUCGAAUGUCCUCUCUCAGCUUCCUUCUCAUCUGUACCUUUUCCCGCAUCCUAAUGUUACCAGCUUAAUCAUGGCAACAUCUACUCCCCUCACUACAUUCGAGGUGUCGCCCUUAGCCUUCUUUGAUGGCCAAUCCACAGGAUUGCACCUUAAUGCCAAAGGACUUGAUAGGUUUCCCCAUGAGGAGAGCAAGAUACGAAGACUGGUUAGGACGCCCGCUGGAAGAGGCGUUGCAGUCGUACGCGUCGAUGGAGGGGAAGUCUGGCGGGUCAUUGAAGGGGGGUCUCAGCUCGUCCGAGGAAGACGAUGGUCUAACGCAGACCAUGUUGUGGUUCUGGAUGGCGGUAAGCUACUAGCGACAUACUCGUCCGAAACCUCGGUCUUGACUCUACAUUCGGAGCCCAUUUCGACGCUUACAAUCCUUUCCAUCACCGACUUAUUUUCGGCACCCUCGAGGACGACGCAUGAAUGUAUUGUUGGCCUGACUUCAGACAGUUCCAUCGUAUACAUAUAUAUUGACAGCAAACCUAAUCCAACCUUACGUCUGCAUUCCAAGAACAAUCUACCACUGGCCCAGCCGCCAAAAGUAAUCAUUCCCGUCGAUCCAAUGUCGUGGAGUAGGGAUAGCUCCUUGGAGGAGCAUGACACAUUACUCAGUAUCUCUGACGAUGGCGAGCUUUCGUUCUGGAUAGCAGAGGAUGGAACACCCUCUGGAUGGAGAUGCACAGGCAAGGUCAAGACGGGAAGGAAGACAUUCGCUCUGGCAAGUUGCAGCUCUGCGAAAAAGUCUGUCCUAGUUGUACAGCUGCCGGAUGGCCAAGAGCUUACAAUCUGGGACUCGAAAGAAUCUGAAUUCGCCUCAGGUCUCGAGCAUCGCAGAAUAUUCAGUACUUCUGAACAUAUUAACGACUUGGACUGGACAUCAACACCUGAUAACCAGUCGAUUCUGGCUGUCGGUUUCACGCAUCACGUCGAGCUAUUGUGCCAGCAAAGGAAAACUUACUUUAAUGAUGACCCUGCGUGGGCUAUCUGCUGGAAAGUGGAUAUCAGAAAUUACAUCUCAUAUCCGAUCCGUGAUUCAAUAUGGCUCGCAAAUGGGUCCUUCUUGAUUGCAGCGGGUCACCAGUUGUUUCUCUUUGGUCAAACAGCACUUCAAAAGGAUCAGGAACCCCUAUUUCAGUACGUUGCUCGACAUAAUGGACCCCUGGAAGAUUACCAUCCGCAAAUGCUCCUUCAGUGCUUGCUUUGGGGUAAGGUGGAGUUGGUGAAGCAAAUUAUCGUUGCUCUAUCCCUGGUCGUAAAGGUUAUAUACGAAGACCCUACGCAGGAUUUUCACUGGAAUGCCUUUCCUGUGGAACAAUACCUGCGUGGUCAGCAUAUGACAUCUAAUAAACCUUCAAAACGAUAUAACUCCUUGUUCAGCACCCCGCAGGAGAACUCGUUACCGGAUGAAACCGUCUUCUCCCGCCAUAUGGUGGAGACGCUUAUCGAGCAACUUGAAACGCGACCUCUUCCUCAUUUGACUCCCAAUGAGCACGCAUUUCUUCUGGUUCUCAUUCAGACGACCCUCGAGAUCGAAGAACAGAGACGAGCACUGGACGCUAACGGCCUUCGCUAUGUGAUCUCUAUGCGGUCAUUUUAUAUCCUCAACCGUCGAGUCACAUCUGAUCCCAGCAGUCCACGCUCAAACGGGGCAAUACCACGAUCAACAGGCUGGAGGGAACGCCUGCGAUAUCGUGAUAUGGUCUGGGCCUUUCACAGUGAGAGCCAAGGGCUUUUGUUAAGCACAUCGACGGCAGCGUGCAGUGGAAGGAUGCUCUGGUCUGAUGCCCGCGCCCUUGGAGUCUUCAUAUGGCUGAAUUCGGUUGAAUCCCUGAGGGCUCACAUGGAAGUCAUCGCACGGAAUGAAUACAUGGCUGGUGAUAAUCGUGACCCUACAGCAUGCUCGCUCUUCUAUUUCGCACUGGGCAAGAUGAAGUUGGUGCAUGGCCUGUGGAAGCAAGCUGCAUGGCACAAAGAACAAGCCAUUAUGCUGAAGUUCCUUGCAAACGACUUCACGCAACCGAAACAGAAGACUGCAGCACUAAAGAACGCGUAUGCUCUGCUAGGUAAGCAGAGAUUUGAGUAUGCUGCUGCGUUCUUCCUCUUGGGAGGGAGUCUGAAAGACGCCGUUCAUGUUUGCCUCAGGCAUCUGUCAGAUUUUCAGCUGGCUAUCGCUCUCGCUCGUGUGGUGGAAGGAAGCUCGGAUGGUCCUGUGCUGCGGGACAUACUACACAAUACGGUGAUCCCUACCGCCUUUCGUGAAGGCAAUCGAUGGCUUGGAAGUUGGGCCUUCUGGAUGCUCAAUCGAAGAGACUUCGCUGUCAGGAUACUGGUGACACCCUUGCGAGAUAUCGCCGAUGCUUUAGAUAUACAAGUCAUAGAAAUCGGCGAACCCCACUACGAUGAUCCUAGUCUUGCAUUACUGUUUUCCCAACUCCGCUCCAAGACGCUUCAAACAGCCAAGGGCACAAGCGAGAUAUCAGGGCGCUCUGAAUUCAACUUCGUGCUCCAGAUCGCCCGGGUCUUCUCUACAGGUUGUCAUGCACUAGCGCUAGAUCUCGUGCGUUCGUGGUCCUUUGAGCGCCCAUCGAUAUCUGUCCCUGCUCCGACGGAACCCCCACCAACACCGUAUGCUACAUUGCGGAGAUCUCUUGCGCUAGAUCCCAAGCUGCGCAGACGUUCGUCAAUUAUGAUUGACAUGGACAUUGCAUCUCCAGCUUCAACACGCAAAGUCUCUCCCGAGCGCUCGCUUGUCAGGGCACCCACGCAGGAGACCAUCAAAGAGGAGGGUGACCUCUUAGCACGCAAGGCAGGCCUCGGCAGCCUACUUAAAUCUGCUAAGCAGGAUGUCCAAGUACCAGAGUUCAAUAUGGAUUCGUUUUCAUUUGUCUAA